UGUCCGGCUACUUGACUAUGAGAGCUGAGGAGGAGACGCAGAGUGUUUCUGGAAAUGUUGGACUUUUAUUUAUGACAGCCCGCGGAUUUAACGUUAUACACCAUUGCGUGCAAGAAGGAUGAAUCCACGUGAAGAGGAUGCAGACCCACACACCUGAGCCCUGUGUGAAGACCUGAGGAGGAGAUGAUACCAGAGCCCGCAGCCACAGCCGCGUCCAGGCCCUCGCAGCACAAGAAGAACUCUCACGAUGAGGCGAACUCGUCAGGGACGGCCAGCCACUCGGAGGAUGAGUCGGGGAAUGAGAAUAGACAGAAGAGCGUGCGCCCGCAGAGACGAAGGAAGAGGGCGCACGAGGGCUCGGAGAAUGUCACGAGCGCGAGUGCCAAAGCUUCCCGCGGCAGCGUCAGCAGAGCGGGAGGCAGCCACGGUAAACAGAGGCACGUGGAGGCCGUCACCCUGUUCGAGGUGGUCACCAUGGGCAGGGGUGCCAUGCAGGCGGUGAUUGAUGAUUGGGUCGAGGCUUAUGCGACGGAUAGAGACACUUCUCUCCUCGAUCUCAUCAGCUUCUUCAUCCAGUGCUCAGGGUGCAAAGGUGUGGUCACAGCAGAGAUGUGUCACAGCAAAGAGGACAGCGAAGUCAUGAGUAAGAUGGUGGAGGAGCUGGACGAGGUCGCCGGUCUGCAGUAUAAGAAGUUUCUGGCCUUUCCGUGGAUCCUCACAGUCACGUGGCCCAUGGAUACAGAUAGCGUGGAGUAUCCCCUGAUACAGUCUGGACCGUAUGGCCGCUGGUUCCACUCCGAGUUCUGUGACUUUGUGUCGGUGCUGGUGGCUCAGUGUCAGCACGGCGUCAUAUUUGACAGCUACCUGAUGAGCACCCUCAUCUCGCUGCUCACCGAGCUGUCCAACUCCUAUGUGCGGGCCUUCAGACACACCUGCACGCUGGCAGCGGUGAAGCUGCUGAGCGCUCUGGUGGGCAUGGCUCUGAGCCUGAGCGUCAGUAUUGAAAACAGCCAGAAACUGUAUGAGGUGCAGAAGACAAAGACCAUGAGACAGAAGAGCACACUGCAGCUGGAGAGAAUACAGAAGAAGAUCACGGAGCUGCAGGAGAAGAGGGCGGAGAUCGAGAGCAUGAUGGACGUCAUCUUCAAAGGAGUGUUUCUGAAAAGAUAUCGCGACGUUCUUCCAGAGAUCCGCUCUAUCUGUAUGGAGGAGUUGGGUUUGUGGAUGAAGCUCUACAGUUCUGCAUUUCUCAAUGACAGCUACCUCAAAUACAUGGGCUGGAUGAUGUACGACAAGGUACCAGAUGUGCGUCUCAAGUGUGUGUUAGGUCUACAGGGUUUGUAUGGAGACCCUCUGCUCCUCCCUAAACUAGACCUGUUCACCAGCCGCUUCAAGGACCGGAUGAUCUCCAUGACCCUGGAUAAGGACAGUGAAGUGGCAGUGCAGACCAUGAAGCUGCUGGUUCUCAUCUCAAAAACAUCUGAUGAUGUGCUCAGUCCAGACGACUACAAGCUGCUCCUCCAGUUUGUUUACUCUUCACAGCGCCCUCUUGCGGCCACUGCGGGGGAGCUGCUCUUCUCAAGGCUUCUCAACACUGUAGCCCCUGCAUCUGAUGCUCAAGAUGAAAUGAAUGAGGAGGAGGAGGCACAUAAACAACAAGUGUUUGUCAGACUGAAGGCUCUCCUGCAGUUCUACCAGGAGUCUGAGCUACACAAGCAUGUGGUGUACCUGGUGGACAGUCUAUGGGACUGUGGUGGAGCCCUGCUGAAGGACUGGCCCACACUCACAUCUGUACUGCUGCAGGACCCUUCCUCACACACUCCAGGUCUUACUCAGGCAGAGCAAGCUGUGCUUGUAGAGGUCCUGGUGGCGUCGGUGCGUCAGGCCUCCGAGGGACCAGCGCUGGCAGGAAGGAGCGGAGCAAAGAAGGUGAUGAGUGCCAGGGAGAAGAAGAUUCUCACUGAUGACUGCAAUAAGCUCACUGAACACCUCCUCAUGGUGCUUCCUAAGUUACUGUCCAAGUUCUCAAGUAGUUGUGACAUUGUCGCCUCCCUGAUGAAGAUUCCUCAGUAUUUCCUCACAGAGUGUCCCGAAGCUGAAAACGCACAGGCGGUGUCCAGCCUGAUGGCAGAGAUGGGAGCUGUUUUGGAGCUCCACUCCGGCCCUGCUGUUCUGGAGGCUGCAGCCCGCACCUACCUCAGUCUGUGUGGGGAGGAGGCGGCCGGGUGCUCCGUGGCCCGGGCUGCCAGAGACUCUCUGGUCCAGCACUGGGUGGACCAACUGACUGCACUGCUGGGGGACUCACUCAAGGGUGACGGAUUUCCUGCUGACAAGGAGAAAACUGGAGAAAUUUUAGCCACACUGAAGAAACUCAGAGCUUUCCACAACUGUCACGACCUCUUCCGAUGGAACCUGUUUGAGCUGUUGUCUCCUCUCCUGUCAGCGGAGAGCAGCCAGGGAGGAGCACCGCCUGAGGUGCUGCUGGAGGUGCUGCAGUGUCUGUGUUACGCCAUGCUCUGGUCCCUCAGCACGAGUAGUGAAACGCUGACCUCCAGAGAGAAAGCUGUGGCCCAGAGACUCCAGCUGCGUCUCUUCUGUGAGAGGGGUCAUCGCUGUCUCUCCCACUCUGACCCUGGCGUGCGGCAGCAGGCUUUUCUGGGCAUCUGUGAUGUUCUGACGGCUCACUCCUACCAGCUGCACGUGUGGGAUCCCACCUCCUUCGGUCCACUGCUCUACACUCCCAGUCCCAAACUCCAGAGGGCGCUGUUGACCUUCGUAUGCGUGCACGUUUUCGUCGGAGCGGACUGCGACAGCCAGUGCAGCGUCAGUGAAAACUCUGAGCGGCUGGAGGACCUUCACAAGCGAAGAAAUGUGCUCGCGGCCUACUGCAAACUGAUAGUUCAUGGAGUGCUGGAGAUGAGCAUGGCAGCUGAGGUCUUCAUGUACUACAUGAAGUACUAUAACGACUUUGGCGACAUCAUCAAGGAGACGAUGUACAGGACCAGACAGACAGAUAAGAUAGAGAGCGCUCGUACUCUGGUGCUCUGUUUGCAGCAGCUGUUUAUUCGUCUAAAGCGAGAGCAGGAGAGUGGCGGUCGGGCUCACCCUGGAGUCCAGACCUUCACCAGCAUCAAAGAGCUCGCCAGGCGGUUCGCCCUCACCUUCGGGGACCUUGUCAAGUUUCGCGAGUGCGUCGUCAUGAUCCACAGGAACGGCAUCGAGUUUGUGUUCCAGGAGUUUAGUCAGACCCCAGACACACCUACGCCACUGUACCUCUCCUACCUGACCAUCCUCAGCGAGUUCUCCAGCAAACUGCUCAAACCGGACAAGAAAACAGUGUUCUCCUACCUGCAGAAGCACACGGCAGAGCACAUUAUUGACCUCAGGGAGGAGUGCUGGCAGCCACUUAUCUACUAUCGUGCCUCCCUAUUGGCUGUAGCUGAAGGGGAGGACGCCGUGUCCUACGUUAGCUCCGACAGGAAGCCCUACCUGCCCAAUCGCCCUCCCUUCCCCAAACAAAAACUGGAUGGAAGCAAAUCCCCCUGCCCGUUCAGCCCCACUGACCCUAGAGUCAGUAAAGUUCACAGGUCGAGCUUCAGUCCAAGCUAUCAGGAGAAGGCAGCUGAUAUGGAUCCUUUUUCUCUCCCCGUGGAACCUCCCGCAAGAAGACUGAGCAUGGAGGCAUCUGUCCUCAGCACGGGCAACGAGGCGGACGACGACACCGUGGAGGUCGAAGUGUAAGAGUCCGGAGGUCGGGGAGAAUCGGUGCUUCUGUCUGGAUGUCUGGAUGUCUGGAAUGGACAUCACAAACUUUGAGAGAAACGUUUUCCUUUUUUUUCCCACGUCUGUUCUCUUCUACAUACAUGCCAGUGCUUUUUAUUUUUUUAUAACAGGUCUGUUAAUACAGCUUUGUUGAAAAUGCAGUAUAUCAUUGUUUGAAAGGAUAAGUCUGUCGUAUUCCGUUUUUCUUAUUGACAACAAAUCCCAUGAAAAGACCAAGACCAACGGAUAUUGACUGUAAUUAUCCUACAAUUCCAUAUGCAGCCAAAGCCUCGUCUCCUAUUCCUCUGCGACUUAAACCUCAAAGGUUGCCCAGAAAGUAUUAAUAAACAGAUCAGUGAGGCACAAGAUUUUCCUACAUCACAAAAAACAUUGGUGCUGUAGUUUAAUUUGAAUCAGUCCCACAUUAUCUGUCCUGCUGCUGUAAAUACUGACAACACCAAAAAAUGUAUUCAUUUGCAUCUGAAAGUAGUCCCCAACAAAUGCACUUUUACUGCUCUAUGGGUCAUAUUUGCUAAAAACUAAGAACUGUAUACUUGUGAUCAGUUUUUAAAGAUUUAACAUUUUCAUUAGAAUCCAACAGGUUUGGUGCCUCAUGAAGGGCAGUCAGAAUUUGUGAACGGUGACAAAGAAUAUAUAGAAUAACACUAGACUUAUUUAAAUAAUGUCAGAAUAAUCUCAAGUAUAUUUUAUUCACAGACAACUCUCAUUUGAGGACCAAGUAUACCAGUAUCUGUAAAGCUGGUUUCCUCACAUGCGUGUCGAUCAUGUACUUGAAUACAAGUGACACUAAAGGAUCCAUCUUUUAAGUUUAGUGUUGGAUCACACUCAGGUCCAAGAUGUGCAAUUAUCUCUAAUCUCUUGCUUCAUUGUCCUUCCUGCCACUUUAUUGUCGCUCCUUAUAGGAAAUAGUUGGGUUAUCGUUUGCCAAAAACUACUUCUGUAUUGCUGUAAAUUCAUUUAAAUAAACAGUCCA